AUGGCAGAUAGCAAUUUCAACUUACCACCAGGUUUUCGAUUCUAUCCAACUGAUGAAGAACUUAUAGUCCAUUUCCUUCUUCGAAAGGUUGCGCUUUUACCUUGCCAUCCUGAUGUCCUUCCAGAUCUUGAUCUUUAUCCCUAUGAUCCAUGGGACUUGAAUGGUAAAGCAAUGGCUGAAAGCAACAAAUGGUACUUUUACAGCAGAAGAACACAAAGCAGAAUUACAGAUAGUGGAUAUUGGCAGAGUAUAGGGAUCGAUGAACCAAUAUAUUCUAGUGCAAGCCAAAAGUUAAUUGGUAUGAAGAAAUAUUAUGCCUUUUACAUUGGUGAACCUCCAGAAGGUGUCAAAACAGAUUGGAUAUUGCAGGAAUAUAGGCUAUCUGAUUCUUCUUCCAGUUGUAGAUCAUCAAGGAAAAGAAAUUCGAAAAAAGAAUAUAGUAAGUGGGUGGCAUGUCGAGUGUAUGAGCAUGCUUGUGACAAGGAAGACGAUGAUGGGUUGGAGCUUUCAUACUUGGACGAAGUUUUUAUGUCGUUGGAUGAUCUCGACGAAAUUAGUUUGCCAAGUUAG